AGAGAGAGAGAGAGAGAGAGAGGGAGAGAGAGAGAGGGGGGGGAGAGAGAGCACUGUGCAAACAGACAGUCACAAAUUGCACAGACGUCCAGCCUUGCAGCAAGAGCAAAAACACACACGGGAAAUUUAGGAAGGAAAAAAAGAGGGAGAAGGACCUGGUGGAGGAGAUACACUGCUGCUUGUCUUCUCUUAUCAGUGAAUGGUCUGUUAUGAGAACAUAAGGAAGCCUCCUUCCUCUCUGCAGCAGUAGAGAUGAUCCUGGGCAGCGUGGUGCUUGUUCAGCUGGGCAAGGGGAUUUAGCAGGAGAGGGACAGCAGAGACACAGGCACUGAGAAGCAGGGAACGAUUUGGACACCAACCACCAUGAAACAGGCACGCCAGGAAUAAAAUUAAACCAUUUCUUCUCCUUCUCAAGGGAACCAAAAGACACAAUCAGGUCCCCUCACUCUGCUCGGCUCUGCUGACAUCAAGGGCACUGUGGCCAAGGCAGAGAGAUUUCUGGAUUGGUGAGCCCCCCGGUACAGGAUUUCAGACCCUGGGAAACCUAUCGAGUGAUUUCUGGAGCUGGAGCUGGUAUUUAAGAGGAAACAUCCAGCCAUUGAAAUGAGAAGACAGUGAGCUCCCCAAUCCCACCCAUUCCUCUUCUGACCCUACCUGGCUCCGUCUGACCCUCCCUCUUCCCCCCUGCCUGCAGUCAGGAUGAUAUCACUGUGCAGCCUGCACAGCACCAGCACUCGCAGACACCCCCGCAGAUAAUCUCUCUGACCUCACGAGCAGGACGAUGGGCGAUGGGACCUGGGUGGGGCUCAGCCCGGCAGAGUUUGAACAACUGCAGCAAUACAGCGAGUAUUCCACGAAGCAGCUGAAGGAUGUGCUGAAGGAAUUUCAUGGGGACGGGGUUCUGUCCAAAUACAACCCUGCACAGAAGCAAGAUGUUCUCAGUCAACCGAUCGAUUACGAGGGAUUCCAGCUGUUCAUGAAGACAUACCUGGAGGAUGAUAUUCCAGAGGAGCUGUGUCAGCAUCUGUUCAUGUCCUUCAAAUGCAAGACCUGCCAGAGCUCUCCAGAGCAGCAUCGAUCCGGGGGCAAUGUGAUGGAGCCCCGGUCGAUUGACGCUGGCAUCUCUAUCCAGACUGAAGUGGCUUGUGCCCCCAUAACAGGCAUGAACGGGAAGAGUAUCCUGAGUGCAAUGGGACGCCACACUCCUGAUCAGACUGCCACCACUGGGGGCGCUGCAUCCCCCUCCUCCUCCCGAUCCUCCUCCCAGAAGUCUGCAGGGGGCAGCAAUACCCCCUGCGCCCACCAGAGGUCCCCCUGUUUGCAGCAGCGUUCAGCGGGGGGAGGCCUGGCAGCAGCACUUAGCUCCCUCGGACCCUCCAGGAUGUCUCCAGCCUCCCUGCUCAACCCCCAGUCUCCAGCAGAGCGCAAGACUGCAGAGAAGCGAACGAGCGCGCCACUGCGGAAGAGCCAGUCUCCACUGAAGGGAUCCCUCCUGCCACCACCCCAGGUGGUCUAUCUAAAGGACAUCGUCUGCUACCUGUCCCUGCUGGAGAGAGGCCGACCCCAGGACAAGCUGGAGUUCACGUUCCGGCUGUAUGACGCUGAUGGGAACGGUCUGCUUGACAGCUCGGAGCUCGACCGAAUCAUCAACCAGAUGGUCCACGUGGCCGAAUACCUAGAGUGGGACUCCACCGAACUCCGACCGAUCCUGCAGGAGAUGAUGGAGGAGAUUGACUAUGACCGGGAUGGGACAGUCACUCUGGAGGAGUGGAUUCGGGGGGGCAUGACCACCAUUCCUCUGCUGGUGCUGUUGGGCAUGGAGACUACAAACGGCAGCUCUCUUGUGUGUCUGGUCUGGUUACAGAGUGUGCGUGAUGACGGGCAGCACAUGUGGAGACUGAAGCACUUCAACAAGCCGGCGUACUGUAACUACUGCCACAGCAUGCUGCUGGGGGUGCGCAAGCAGGGCCUGUGCUGCUUCUUCUGCAAAUACACAGUCCACGAGAGGUGCGUGUCCAAAGACAUUGUCCCCUGCAUCAGCACGUACACCAAAUCCAGGAGACACGGCAGCAUUAUGCAGCACAUCUGGGUGGAAGGAAACUCGCCCACCAAGUGUGACCGCUGCCGCAAGAGCAUCAAGUGCUACCAGGGGCUGACCGGGCUGCACUGUGUCUGGUGCCAAAUCACUCUCCACAAUAAGUGUGCCUCCCACGUGAAGCCGGAGUGUGACGGAGGCUCUCUCAGGGACCACACCCUGCUGCCCUCCUGUAUCUGCCCUGUGGUGCUGGACCGCCAGUCCAAUCUGAAGCGCAGUGAAAGCGAGUCUCCAUUCAGCACCAGCCCUGAUGACAGCAACCAGAGCUUCAAAUUCCACACCACGGUUGACGGCCAGGGCCUGCAGAUCACCCCUCUGCCAGGAACACACCCACUGCUGGUCCUGGUCAACCCCAAGAGUGGAGGCCGCCAAGGAGAGAGGGUCCUGCACAAGUUCCAGUACCUCCUGAACCCCAGACAAGUGUACAACCUGGACCGGGGCGGCCCCACGGCAGGGUUGAAUUUUUUUCGAGAUGUUCCUGAUUUCCGGGUGUUGGUGUGCGGAGGAGACGGGACAGUGGGAUGGAUCCUGGACUGCAUAGACAAGGCAAACUUCUCCAAGCACCCUGCGGUGGCUGUGUUGCCUCUGGGCACUGGGAACGACCUGGCACGCUGCCUGCGCUGGGGGGGAGGAUAUGAGGGGGGUAACCUGCAGAAGUUUCUCCGGGACAUUGAGAACAGCAUGGACGUGGUGCUGGAUCGCUGGAGCAUCGAUGUCAUCCCCAAUAACAAGGAGGAGAAGGGGGACCCUGUCCCUUACAGCAUCGUCAACAACUACUUCUCCAUCGGCGUGGACGCCUCCAUCGCGCACCAGUUCCACCUGAUGAGGGAGAAGCACCCCGAGAAAUUCAACAGCAGGGUGAAGAACAAGCUCUGGUACUUUGAGUUCGCGACGACCGAGACAUUCUCUGCCACCUGCAAGAAACUCAACGAGAGUGUGGAGGUGGAGUGUGACGGGAUCAUCCUGGACCUCAGCAACACCUCCUUGGAGGGUAUCGCUGUCCUCAACAUUCCCAGCAUGCAUGGUGGCUCAAACCUGUGGGGUGAGACUAAGAAGAGGCGGAACUACAACCGCAUGAGCAAGAAAGUGCCUGAGAAAGCACCGUCCAGCACUGUCAUCGAUGCCAAGGAGCUCAAGUUCUGUGUGCAGGACCUGAGUGACCAGCUGCUGGAGGUGGUGGGUCUGGAGGGAGCCAUCGAGAUGGGGCAGAUCUACACAGGGCUGAAGAGCGCCGGGCGCAGACUGGCACAGUGCAGCAGCGUCACCAUCAGGACCUCCAAGCUGCUGCCCAUGCAGAUCGACGGGGAGCCCUGGAUGCAGCCACCCAGCACGAUUAAAAUCACGCACAAGAACCAGGUGCCAAUGCUGCUCGGACCCCCACAGAAGACCCCCUUCUUCUUCCUGAAGCGGCGGAACCGCAGUCGGGAUUAGAGAGGGGGGGCAGGG